GGGCAAAACUUGGCUUCCUAGAAAUCUACAGCACCAUAGGCUCAAGAUGAGAUUACUACAAAGCAAGGAUUCAUCGUUCCAAUAUUUUAAAAAUCCAAAUUGCCCAAAAUCGAAUUAUGGGGAUCUAACAAAAGAACAUUCAUCUUUGUUUUCUCAUUAUAGGUAUUAUAGGAAGUUAAAAUCUUCUGGGAAAAUUGAGGUUAUGUGCCGUUUAUGUCGUGGCAGAAAUUGGGUUCCUAAAGAAAAGUUCAAUCUACAUAUGGCUUUCUCUCACGGCAUUCUAUUACCAAACCAUCAAAAAAAAUCAAAAGUCAAACCUAUUUUACUUCCAAAACCUACUUCUUUAUUUAUAUCAAAAUCAAGGCAGUUUACGGACUUUUCAGUCAAAUGCCCCAAGUGUGAAAUAUGGAUCAAAUUGGGAAUGUCCACUCGGAGCAACAAGUCAUCUGCUAAAAAUGGGUUAUAUUUCAACUAUUUCUCACAUUAUCUCAAAAAUCAUAAAACUAGAGCUGCAUAGAAAUCUUUUAAAUAGUUAGGAAAUUAGUGUCGGUAGAAAUACAAGUGAAAUUCUUUCCCAACGAUAUAACUACUAUCAAAAAACAUAUAUAACUGAACAAACUGUCUCAUAAAAGAAAUCAUAUUUAACAAAAUAAAGCACC